GCAUUCGUCAAUGCAUUUUAAUGUUCGCGAGUUGGAUAUUGUUGGCGGUUUAAAUGUCAGGUGAUCACAUGUUGUCAGUAUAUACAACAAUCGUAUCGUUCGACGCAAGUUUUGGGCCUGUUCCCGCUCUGUGAUCUCAUUCAAGUACCAAUCAAGUUGAGAAUCUUCACUUCGUUUAAUAUAGGAGAUCGAUUAAAGUACCUGCAGUCAUGAACUAUGUAGGUCGAUUAUUAUCAAAUGUCAAGUACAUGUACAAUGAGAUCAACCCUGCUACAUUAACUGGUGCCAUUGACGUGAUUGUCGUCCAGCAGGAAGAUGGCAGUUACCAGUGCUCCCCCUUCCAUGUGCGCUUCGGCAAGAUGGGCGUACUCCGUAGCAAAGAAAAAGUGGUUGACAUAGAAGUUAAUGGUGAACCGGUGGACUUACAAAUGAAACUGGGAGAAAAUGGCGAAGCCUUUUUUGUUGAACAAAUGUCUAGCGAGGAGUUUUUGCCAGCAAACCUGGCAACCUCACCGAUUCCAUCAUCAGUUGAAUUCAUGGAAAAAGGGUUGAAGAAAAUGCACUCAGAAGUCAAUCAUGAACUACUCGGAAAUAUGCAAACUACAUCUUCCAAAGAUGAUGCAGCAUCAAAUGUCAAUGACUUGGACAUAGACAGACUAGUAGCAGGAAUAAAAGAACCAGCCCCUAUGUCUUAUGUAGCAGAAAAGGAAUUUGGCAAACCUAUAGAAAUAACAGUAGAAAGUGAAACGGGAGCGGGUGGUUUAAAAAAAACUGGAUCCAAAGUUCUUUCCGCCAUUGCUGUUCAUCAAGGGGACUGUGGAAGUGGCUCAAGUAUGGACGACGAAUCAAGCAUACGAAGAAACAAAAUAUCCCCUCUGGUUGAUGAACAUGAAAAAUCAACAAUGAAAGAUAAAGUACGAAGGAAAAGAAGAAAGAGUGAAAAGGAACGAAAUGCAGCAUCAGAAAGCUUUCAACGACGCAAUGCCAACUCAGAAUCAAGCGUAUCUAGACAUUCAGAUGAUGAAAUCUUUAAAAUGGAUGAUUUUUCGGAUAAUGAAGAGACAUCAUCUUUUACAAGAGUUAAAAAAAUGACAAGCAGUAGCUACAUAGACUCAGAUGAUUGGUCUAAAUUCCUUGAUGAACCACUGAGGUCAGAGUUCCACCCUUUCUCUGACAAUGAUGCCACACCUAUCGUCAGUCCUCUUCAAACAAGAGCACCAAGCCCAAAGAGUGAUACAGAGGCAGAGUUGCAACGAGAGGUGCAGGGGGAGGAGGGCGACAAACUGGAAUGGAACUGGGGUGAACUUCCUGAGCUGAAAUCAUCUGUGGGAAGUCAGUUCCGUGAGCAAAUUUCGGAUCACGAAAAGGUAAAAGAAGAAGAAAAGGGGGAGGAGAAUGUGAGCUCAGUGAACAGUGCCGAGAAGCGUGGGUCAAAGUGGAGCAUAAUGAACUUCAUGAGGAGUACUAAGAAGAUACGACACAGCAAGAGCUUAGAAGAAGGCAUCUACCUUGAUGACCUCGACUCAGAAGGAUUAGAUCCAGAAAUUGCUGCUCUCUACCUUAAUGCUCAGCAUAUCCCAUCUAACAGGAUACGUACUAUCCAAGAGGUGAAAGAUGAGGACAAGUCCUCGGACCUAGGAAACUCGCUGCCCCAGUCACCCAAUUCUGUGGAAGGAGCGCCCUCUGCUAGGGAGUUCACCCAUAUGACCAUGGAAAGCGUUGCAAUGUCACUUUGUGGUGGGCUUCAAGAAACUGAAGAGAUAUCGCAUGAGGCCUUUUCGCAGGCCCUUAUAAGUUAUGAUGAAUUCACCAAAAACCCAGCGAUAUUGGAGAACCCAAAUCUAGUGGUAAGGAUAGGUGGGAAGUACUACCCUUGGACAGCUGCUGGCCCAUUAUUGAUUUCAUACCUUGCCUUCCAACGCCCUUUACCUGAGGUGAAAGUUGAAAGCAUGAUGAAAGAACAUAUGGCAAAGGGGAAAGGUGGAUUGUCCUCAUGGUUCUCAUGGAGACGAGGUUCAGAGCAGCCCUUAUCAAAGAAAGUGAAAGUUGAAAGCAUGAUGAAAGAACAUAUGGCAAAGGGGAAAGGUGGAUUGUCCUCAUGGUUCUCAUGGAGACGAGGUUCAGAGCAGCCCUUAUCAAAGAAAGCAGAGAGUGUAGACGAAACCAUAAAACAGGAGGAGAAGGUAUCAGAGGAGAAACCAUCUGGAAAAUUAUCGACUGAAACACAGUUACAAGAGGAAGCAGAAGAAGGAAGUGAACACUCGUCAUCUAGUGAACAUUACAAGAAGUCAAUUCGUCUCACUAAUGAACAAUUAGCUUGUUUAAACCUUAAACCUGGACCAAAUGAAAUUACAUACUCAGUAACGACCAGGUACCAAGGAACGUGUCUAUGUAAGAGCACAAUCUACCUGUGGCAGCAUGAUAGUAAGAUUGUUAUAUCUGAUAUAGAUGGCACAAUAACUAAGUCAGAUGUCAUGGGUCAGAUUCUACCAGUGUUGGGCCGUGAUUGGACGCAUUCUGGAGUUGCUAAUUUGUACAGUAGCAUUGCCGAUAACGGCUAUGAAAUCCUCUUCCUAUCGUCUCGUGCCAUCGGGCAAGCAGGCUACACUAAAGGCUUCUUAAAAAGUGUUAUUCAGGACAGCAUAGGCCUACCUGAUGGUCCACUCCUCCUCAACCCUAGUUCACUAAUCUCAGCUUUUCAUAAGGAGGUAAUUGUCCGUAAACCUGAGGAGUUUAAGAUAGGAUGUUUGAAAGAUAUAUGCAGUCUGUUUCCAGAUAAUCCUUUUUAUGCUGGCUUUGGAAACAGAAUUAAUGAUGUUUGGGCAUACAGGGCAGUGGGUGUGCCAUGCAGCCGUAUCUUCACAAUCAAUCCAAAGGGACAGGUUUCUCAAGAAAUGACAAAGACAUUCAAAUCAUCAUACAACAAGUUGCAGGAUCUGUCAGAUCAUGUGUUCCCACCUUUGAAUUCACGCAAAUCAGUCGCGUUUGAGGAAUCCUCCAACUACAGCUCGUACACGUUUUGGAGAAAUCCGGUUCCAGAGAUACCUUCAGAUGAUGACCUCCUUGAACCAGGAACUGAAGCAAAGAAAUAGAGUGAUGUAACAGUAGUUGGUGUGUUUUGUUGAACUUUGAGGUGUAUGGUGCCAGAGGUACCUCCAGAUGAUGGCUUUUGAGAAUCUGGAACAGCGGCAAAGAAAUAAGGUGAUGUAACAGUAGUUGCUGUUUGUGGUUGAUCUUUGAGAUAUAUGGUGCCCUCCAGAUGAUGACUUUCGAGAAUCUGGAACAGAAGCAAAGAAAUAGGGUGAUGUAACAGUACUGUAGAUGAUGUGUGUUGUUGAUCUUGGAGAUGUCUGGUGCCAGAGAUGCCUUCAGAUGAUGACCUUUUAGAAUUUGGAUCAGAAGCAGUAGUUUAUGUGUGUUGUUGAUCUCGAAAAACCCACAGUGUGCUAAAGUGUUAAAUAUGCCUCCCAAAAAUUGUGUGCAAAUUCUGUGUACUGAAUGAUAGAUAGACAGUGUGAUGUUAUUUUGUUUAAGAAGUGGCAUUGCAUGUAAUGGUAAUGUGAUUCCCCAGCAUUUCUACUUUCAUUCAGUACAACUGAUUUUAUUAAUUUUAUUCCCAUUAAUUUUCUAUUAUUUGAUUUUUUUUUGCAUAUGAAAAAAAUAUUAGUAUCAUUGAAAAUUCCUCCCUCCAUAUACUUUUUUUAAAACUAUUUUAUGCCAAAAAAAAAAAAACACCAUUGAUGCUUCUCAGGAAAAAUUGUAUGUUAGGGAAGGGUUAGCAAUGAAGUCCUAAACCAGAACAUUAUUUAUGAAUAUGUAGCCUACCAACAAUUAUGUAUGAUAUUGUAUUUUUAAGCAUUUUGUUUGAACUCAGGUGUGAUAAACUGUGACACAUAAUCAUUGAUAUGUUGCUACAUCACAUUUUGUUGUUUAAUUGAAUUUAUUUAUCAAUAGAAGUUGUGACUGAAAUAUCAAUGUACUGAGAUAAUUGCAUCAUAUUGGCACAAAUUUACUUUACUGUAUGACCACCAAUGUUAAUAAUAGUUUUUAACAGCAAAAGUGGGUAGGAGUAAGAGGGAAUUUUCUAAGUCUUAUUUCUUUGUCGUCCUUACAUCUAGCAUCGUAUGCAGUGUAUUGUGUCAGUGAGUGUUUAAAGCUUAAUUCAUAUAAUAUAUGAUUUAGUUUCUUGUAAUAUAUGAAAGUAUACUUUUCAGGUUGAAUUAUCUCAUAAUCUUGCAAACAACUUAAUUUUAACCACCUUUUAAAAUAAGCUCUCCACCUCUGAAUUAUUCUAAAAUCUAUGUAGAGUUAAAAUAUGUUAAUAUUGAAAAAUCUUUGUACAUAAAUAUUAUUGAUAUUGUGUUUGUAUUCUAUUUUUUUUUGCUGUGGGUGUAAUAAAGAAUAUCUACUUAAUUAGUAGAUUUUUAAGGCAAAAUUUGGAAUGUGACAUAAUGAAGUACUGAACGGAUUUCUUUUCUUCAUUAUGUGUUUUUAUAUAUAUUUCACAUUGGUAUGAAUUAACAGACAGAUGAUAUUGUAAUUGCUUUUUUUUUGAAGAAGAUAAUACUUGCUGUAUAUCUUAAAGAAACGAAUGUGUUAAAGCUUUGUGUUCCACAUUAAUAUACACUAUGUUAAUAGUAUGCAGAUGAAGGGUGCUUAAAGAUAAUUAUUUAAAUAUUAUUAGCAUAUCAUUAGAAUAAUUUUUUUUUCAAUCAAGUAUACAGAAAUAUAAAGAUUAUGAAAAUAAAUAAUAUUAUUUUUAUAUAAAAUUAGAAUAUGUUGUACAGUAAUUCAAAGGUAUGGGAGAGACACUCUGUUAAGAAACAUUUAUUUAUGAUGCUAUCAAUUGUGAAUGAGUAUAAAACACUUUAAAGUAAUAUUAUAUUAUAUAGAGAUAAAUGAUCAAUAUUCAAAUUAAUGUGAGGCAGUUGAGUGUAUUGUUAGGAAUAUUUGGGUGAUGACCUGAAUAACUCUCACCAAUAAUCACAAUAAGCAGUCAGCAUUAUGGUAUUGUUGCUAGUUUGCUAGCUGGAAAACACUGGUUGCUAAGCAAGCACUUUAACCUAAAGAUGGUGUUAAUAGUGUUCAAAUAUACUCUAUGGAAAUAUGUAGAGGGAUAUAAAUAGACAAGAGUUCAGAGCAGUCUGUCCCCAAGUCCCCUCUUUGUUAAUUACUCUCAUCAAAAUGAUUUUAAAAUUCAUAGUUUUUAGAUUCUCCUUCCUAUAGGGGUCUUAUAUCAUUUGUGUGUGUAAAUGUGAAAUAGAUCAAAUAACUCAAAUAAGUUUGAAUUUGUAUGCCUCUCAUGGUGUUUCUGAAAAGAGAUCUAGUGCUUGAAAAACAUCAUUUGUACUGCAGUUGUUAAAAAGAAAUAUGUUGCACAUGCUUCAAGUGAUUGCCUAAGUGUAACCUAUUUCUGUGUAAAGUGUUAGUGUGCAAAUCUUUACUUGGACAUCCCCUGCGUAUAUCAAUAACGCAUUUUGAAUCAGUACUGUAUGAACCAUACUGUGUUUGAUGUUUUCUGUAUGUAAAUGAUGUAAAAUUAUGAAAUCAGUUUGAAAAUUUAAAAAAAUACACUUUUAUAAAGGCUGUUUAUAAGAGGUUAAAGAGUUAGAUGAAGUAAAAUGACGAUAUGUGUUAUCAUGACAACAGCACUUGUGUUGAAUAAUGGGUUUAGUUUGGGGCACAUUGAGUGGAGUUGAAUAGCUUGGUGGUUAACAUGCUUGCCUUUCAGUCCAAGGGUUCUGGGCUCAACUCUUGUCAGUUUUGUAGGAUUUUUUUCUGACGAAUAAACCACUAAUAUUGAGAUUUUUAGUUAUAAUGCAUAUAGUGUGUUUGUCUUGUGAAAGAGAUCGUCACCUACAUGUAGAACAGUGCUAUUGGCAGUCCUAGGUUCAUGCACCAAGGACUUCACAUGAUAUCACAUCUAUAGUCCACUUAUGUUAAAUUGAAAAGUGUCUGAUUAUAUCCUUAUUUGAUUGUAUACUGUACGUCUGUGGUUAAUGGUUAUACACAUUAUUUCCCGGAAUAAGUGGACAGAAAAAAAUUAUAAUGUGCAAUACAGUGUUGACUUUUAACUGUUGGAACAGUCUUCAAGCUUUUAAAGUGGUGAUUUCUUCUAUGCUGUAUGUAGUAUGUAUUUUCCUUAAAUUAUUUAGGAAGGUUGUUUUUAUGUUAUCCUACAAAUUCAAAUUAUGUCAGUUUUUGGUACAAAAUCCAGUCCACAUUCUUUAACAACAAAUGGGCGAAUUAAGUGCACAGCACUUAAAUUACGAUCUUAAAUUACAGUGAUAGAUGUUUUGACAUGAUGUAGUACCUUCAAAUUUCACAAGUAAAAAAAGAUUUUUUAAAUUUAGUACAGUAUCAUCGUCAUAGGUUACUCGCUCUGAAUUGGUAAGUACUGUAAUUAUAAAAACCAUAAACACACCUACAGUGUCUUCAGAAUACUCGUUUGUACAAAUAUUAAAACAUGUUUUCUUCUGGAUGACUAUUGUAUAUCAGUUAUGCUCAAAGACGUGAAUGGGAAUAAGCACAAAAAAUAAAUAAGAUGGAUGACGUAUUUGUUAUGCUUAUGUAAGGUUGAUGAGUUUUAAUUGUUUUUCCCAGAAUGCUUUGAAUUCAUGUUUUCUCUAAGGUCUGUUUACGACAGUAGUGUAAACUGCAUUGCAUUCAUUAUUAUACAGUUUGAAUAUAUGUAAACCCUCAUUUUGUUUAGCAUUAUUACGUUAUCAAUUACUAUAAUUUAAAAUAUUAUGGAAAACGUAAAUUAUGUAAAAAUCUUUGAUAUAAAGAUUAUUCAACAAUAGGCUUACUUCAAAAUUCGCUUGCCUAAAAAUCCACAAUCUCAUGAGUAUAAAGUUGCUGUAAUUUAAUAAUGUAAUGGGGUUUUUUUCAUCUUCUUUGGGAUCCUUGCAUGCUUCGGUGUGUGUAUAAAUAUUUUUUAUAAGCCCUAAAUAUUUUUUUUAUCUUGAAUUUAAAAUGUAUGAUACACGGAUAGAUCGUGGAUUGUUAAGUACAUUAUUAGUAGAAGUACGCCUAUGAUUUAAUAAAAUUAAGAAAGAUAGC